CGAAACAAUCCGCGGCGGUACGCCGCAGCUUCUUUUUUGAGGUCUCCAUCACCACAGUAUUUAACAGUGUAUAUCAGCAACUUUUACACAACAUAAUCCGAAUAUGGAGGAAGUUGACAAGAAACCAGAGGACGCGUCUGAACCCGCCGUGUUGUCAGAAAAUCGGGGGACUAAGAGCGGAACGGUGAACACGCUAAGGGUCGAGACGCAAGAGGCGGACGAGGACCCCAGUGCGGAGCUCAAAGAGGAGGCCGAUGAGGAGGCCUGGGAGAGCCUGCCUCAGGAGGAGGAAGAGGAGGAGGAGGAGGAUGUGGAGGGAAGUGAACAGCAGAUCACUCCUCAGAGGAUAACCAAGCUGCGGAGCGAUUUGACAACGUUAGUGACCAACAUCCAAACUGCUGCCGAUGCCAGAGAGUCUAUGCGAAGGACGGAGCUGGAGGAAGCUCGCAGAAUUAGAUUAGAGCGGCUGGAAAAUUAUGCGAAGUCCAGCCAGGAGAAAUUUGAGGAGAUCACCAGACGGUGGUCGACGGCUAAGGACAAGGUGAUCCCUCAGGAGCUGCAGGAAGCUCUGAAGAGCCAGCAGCAGUUGUGUGCUCUUCUAUUAGAAGACAAGAAAAAAGUCAUAAAUGACCUGCAACAGGAGCUGAAGGUUGGAGAUGAUCGCUAUGUUAAGGACUUGAGGAAACAGGCGGAGGAGCUGGACCUGAUGAUGGAGAGGAUGGAGGACCAGAUCAAAAACCUGACGAAAGCCUACAGGGAGGAGCUGGCCCAGACUGAGAGAGUUUAUCAGCAGGAAAGUGAAAUCUUGUUAACAAGAGACAAGACUGAAUGGGAACAACUCAUGAAGGAACUCUGGGACAAAGAGCUAGAGAGGCUGGCACAGAGGAAGAAGAAUGUGGUGGAGUAUGAAGGGAUAAUUCACAGUCUGAUGUUGGAGACUAUGGACAAGCAGAGCAUUCCCCAGCUAGAGCAGAAUGCAAAGAUUCAGGUUUUGGAGAGAGAGCAUCAACAAAUACAGGCCACCGGCGUGAUUGUGAAGCUAAAAAGAAUAAGGCAAGAGAAUGAGGUACAAGGACACAACUUCCGCCGGGCCCAUAUGAGGAGCAAGUUUGUCAGUCUGCAGGCGGAGAGGAAGAACCUGCAGACCAAGAUUGCUAGUCAGGAGAAACAGAUUAGUAAGAGGGGGCGGUAUUUGUUCAAAGACUACAAACGCAACAUCCAGCAAUACCAAUGUAUACAGAAGAAAAUCAAGCUCUUUGCAGUUGCUGAUGCCAGGAAAUUUGGGGAGAUGUGGCUAACGAUUGAAGCGGAGGUGAAGCAACUGGUUGAGAGGGCUUUAGUAAUUGACUCGCUGAUCUGGAGGCAGCACCUUGGUUUAGCCUGGGAGCGACCUCCGAUGGCCUUCAGGGAGCUCUGUGGUCCCAUCCAGCCUCAGACGCAGGCCCACGGGCCCGCCCGCCAGGCCGUCUCCCAGCCGUUCCACACUGGACAGGCUUCGCAGUGCAGCCGGGGGGCGACGGACACGGCGGACGGGCCUAGGCCGGAGGCUGGCGCUGAGAGCACAGGCAUGGCGAUGUGCAAGGAAGAGACCGCGGUGCGGGGUGAGAGCGAUGCGGAGGUGGAGGAAGGGAAGCUGUCGAUGGAGACACUGAAGAAAGUGAUGGAGCUGCUGUGUGAUGAAGCAGGCUUCCUAAUGGAGGAUAAACUCCUGAAGCUGCUGGCUCCCCUGGAGAAGGAAGAACAGACUGUUGUGAAGCUGGGCUCUCUCCUUUGUGCCUUUGGUGUUGAGGAGGAGGAUGUGCCCAAGUUGGCUCUUUUCUUAUUAAAGUACAAACAUCAGCAGAGAGAGCAGACGGAGGAUGUUUGUGGUGAGCCGGGUGAAUCCAGUGACCAGGCAGAGGCAGUGGAAACCAGCUCCACGUCUAAUCUGACCUCUGACCUCAUCCAUCCGAACCAUGUCCUGCCUGCUCUCAAAAGUUUCCUCAAGCAGCACGCAAGGUCCAGGGAGAGCUCAGGUCGCCAACAGACCGGUUUUCUACAAGUAGAGGCCCGGGACAGUUCAGAGGACGAAGCCUACUGGGAAAGUAUGGCGAACAUCAUCUCUGAGGACAGAGUCAAACUCUGGGAAGCAGCAGAGAGCACACUAAAGCAAUACCAUUCCGUCCUCACAGAGAUCUCUGAGCUCGUCCCUGAGACUGACAGUCUGAGGCAGCAGAACACAGAGCUGCGGAUGCUGCUGCAACAAUCUCUCAACUCCUGAGCAACUUCUCCAAGGUGAAGAUUUUCUGCUUUUCACUGUCAAGUUUGAUAGUCUGAGGACAUUAAAUGUCACUGGGUUUUGGACUGUUGGCUGGACAAAACAAACAAUUACAAGACAUCACCUUGGUCUCCGAGAACAGACAAUAAUCAAAAAUGAUCAGAUUAAUCUAUAAUUAAAAAAAACAUAAUUGUUGAUUAAAGCCUUAGUGUGUACAGUAUAAAAUCUAACAGAACAGAAAUGAAUGUGCCUCUUCUUAAAAAACAUCCAUCUGACAUGUUUUAUACAUGCCCACAAUCAAAGUGGAAUCAGA